AGAGGACGUCAUUUCCUGGGCCGGGCUGGCAAAGGAACCACUGUAGUAGCAGAGCUUCAGCAAACCGGCUAACAUUUGGUUACAUCUCAGAAGUACAAGAUCAUAAUGGAUAUAAAAGAGCAGAUCACUCAGCUAGAAGCUGACCUGCAGGAGUUGAGCUCCCUCUUGGAGAAAUCAGAGAGGAAAAGGGUACAGGACGUCUUGCAGGAGGAACAGAAGAAGGUGGAGAAAGAACUUGCAACCAAACGACAGCAGCAGCUGCAGCAGGCUAAGAGAGAGGCAGACCCAUCUGCAGUGUCCAAAGCAGCAUACACCGUGAAGAUCACCAGCUACGCAUGGGAUCAGUCGGAGAAGUUUGUGAAAAUUUACCUGGAUUUGAAAGAUGUGCACAAAAUUUCAGCAGAAAAUGUAGAAGUGGACUUCACAGAAAGGUCAUUUUCGGUGCUAAUUAAAGACCUAAAUGGCAAAAAUCAUCAGAUGACUGUUCUUAACCUGUUGCAUCCGAUCGAUGAAAAGGACAGCUACAAAAAGGUAAAAACAGACAUGUUGUUGAUCAUGCUAAAAAAGCAGACAACAAAGAAGUGGGAGUGCCUUACAGCAGUGGAGAAACAGUCAAAAGAGAAGGACAAACCCUCUAUGGAUGAGAACGCAGACCCCAGCGAUGGCCUCAUGAGCAUGUUGAAGAAGAUUUAUGACGAUGGAGACGAUGAGAUGAAGAGAACUAUCAACAAAGCCUGGACAGAGUCGCAAGACAAGAAGAAAAGAGGGGACGAUAUGAUGGACUUCUAAAUAUUCCUCUUUUUUUUUUUUUUUUUUGGAGUGUGACCAAAUUAGAGCUUUAAAGUUCAAGAGUGCAUGACCUAAAAAUUAAAAAGUAGAGCUCAUGUCAUUUUAGAGUUUCAUACAGUCCUUCAAUAAACUGAAACUGAUUUUCUGUAUGAUUUUUUUUAGGCCAGUCAUGAGCUCUAAUAAAUAAAUAUCAGUGUAUUGUAAAGAAACGCUACGUCCAGCAGAUGGCGCCCUUCAUUCAGUGAUCGGUCAUUAUUGCUUGUUUAAGAUUUUCCAACACCCACAGUAAAUUGUGGGUAGUGUAGUCUGUGUCCAUUUCUUCAGAGGAUGACAGGCUUGUAACGUGCCAAAGUCACACCUCAGUUUUCCUAUAUAUAAAGCCAUCCAUGGAGGAAGUCGUAUCCCUAAAAUCAUAAUUCUGCUUGUUAGAAUGUUAUGUUCAUCUCUCCUGCAACUGAAAUAAAAACAAUUUGUCUUUCCUCA